AUGUCGCGAUAUCCUCGUCCUCUUCGUCUUCGUGCCUUCAAUCCAUGGAAAUCCUCCUCCCGGUGCUUUUCGACCCCAAAAGACUCUCCGUCUCGCCUACAUCGCUUCAACGAUCGCCUCCCUCCGUUCCUACGCUCUUACACAACGCCGCUCCUUGGGGCUCCUGGAACGCAUAUCACCUCUUUUCUCAUCCUGCAUGAAAUCACAGCCAUCGUCCCGUUAUUUGCAUUGGUUGCGGCCUUCCACUACGGUGACUGGUUGCCGGAUCUGACGUCCAGUAAGGCCUUCGAGGACGGCACUCAGCGUUUUGGUCGGUGGCUACGGAAAAAGGGCUGGGUGGUGGAGGAAGGAGAUGAAGAACAAGAGCAAGGAAAAGGACAAGAAGAAGAACAAAGACACUACGGGGACUCCCUCCCGUCUAGAAAAGGCGUGCGUCUGGUGUGGGAGUUUGCGACGGCCUAUGCGAUCACCAAGGCUCUUCUUCCCCUGCGACUGGCCGCCAGCGUUGGGGUGACGCCCUGGUUUGCCCGAGUUGUUUUGGUCCCCGUGGGCCGCGGGUUACGCACCCUACUAAGGCGCCAGUAA